CGGUUAGCCGGCAUAUUGCUUACGACUCGAUUCUAUUCUACCGCUGUUUGUUUGUAUGUCCUGUGUAACCGUCUGUUAUCAACUUACAUGAUUCAUUGAACAGAAUAAAUGUUUGGAACGUUACCGGCAUAAUACUUACUGAUAACUACUGAGAUUAAAUUGCACAAAAUACUGUUAUUGGUCGUGCGGUGUUGAGAAGGGAAUUACAUCAACGCUAUCUCAAGUUGGAACACGUCUACUGUCAUCCAUGGCUCAGGAUUUGAAAAAACACGGCGUUAUACCAGACGUGGUGGACAAAGUACCUGAAAGUGUGCUAAAUGUGACCUAUCCAGACAACAUCACUGUUGAAAUUGGCAAGGAGCUCACUCCAACUCAAGUCAAGGAUGAGCCUAAUGUGAAGUGGAGUGGAAAGGACAAUAAAUUUUAUACUUUGUGCAUGACUGAUCCUGAUGCUCCGAGCAGAAAAGAGCCUAAAUUCCGUGAAUGGCAUCACUGGCUGGUGGGCAAUAUUCCUGGAACAGAUGUGUCCAAAGGAGAGGUUUUAUCCGCAUACAUUGGUUCUGGACCUCCAGAAAAGACGGGUCUUCAUCGAUACGUAUUCUUGGUGUACGAACAACCUGACAAGAUCAAUUUUACUGAGAAACGAUUGACCAAUCGGAGUGGCGAUAAUCGUGGCAAGUUUUCCAUCAGAAACUUUGCCGCUAAAUACAAGCUUGGCGAUCCAAUUGCUGGUAACAUGUAUCAGGCGGAAUAUGACGAUUACGUACCAAAGCUCUAUGAACAGCUCAAAGGUUAAAUUUAUAUAAUACAUAUAAUGAUACACAUACACUGAUGUAUGUCCAACUAUUUCUUGAAUAAAAUGCAUUUUAAAAUGCUUUUCAAAAUA